CCUUUCUUACCCUCAUCUAGCUUGGCUGCUGCCCCCGUGCGUAAGCGGCACCCACAGCAUUCGACCCGUGUGUGCUCUGUCUCUGUUUUUUCUGUGCUGCCAUCAGGCAACGUCCUUUUUGCAUCUGCUCUUCACGGGUGGUGUUUUUCGAUCCCCUCUUUCGCUCGCAGCACUUUGUUGAAGCAGCUCGGCUUGCCUCUGGCUUCGCUUCCUAAGCUUACGCAUGCGCUGUGGGGGCCUUACUAUUUGCGUCGCUGCCGCUCCAAGAGGAGCACAGAGCCUCGAGCGGGAGGAGCAGCUGCUCGGGGAGCGGAGAAAGAUUCUCCUCCUCCCCCCAGCCUGGAGGUGAGAAACACCCCUUUUACUGAAGGGCAGCCGCGGAUGGUGGAGCAGCUUGUUUUUGAACCCAUUUGGCGACUGUAUCGAGCGGCAGGGUGGAAAGACGCUCAGGGGCAGUCUCUCGACGAGGCUCCCACCGACCGUCCCCAGCACGCAGAAGAUCCAAGAGUCACCAGGCUAUGCACGAUAGCGAAGGCUCUGCAGCUCAAGGAAACGGAGCAGAUCGCUGCAGAAAUCAGACGGCUGCUCUCUCCUGCGAGACAGAGGCGGGCGGAAGAGAGCAGCAAGCUCAAGGAAGAGUUGGUGGGGGAGCUAGUGGCCGCUGUAAUGACGCGAUGGCUGCCCGUCGGGGAGACUCUGCUUGAGACUCUCGUUCUGCGAGUUCCCAAUCCGAUCGCUGCCGCUCGUCAGCGUCUCCCGCGUCUCUGUCCUCACCUGGACCCCUUUACCGCGCAGAUUGAUCCCCCGGUCGUCUCUGAGGGGGCCCCUAAGGAAGGGCCUCUCCAGGGGGCCCCCCCCGAAGACCCCCUCGUGAUCGUGUAUGUGGCAAAAUUCGUUGCCGCAGAUCUGCAAAGCCUCCGAGUCGUCGGAGCCACCUUGCAGGGCAACGAAGGAUGCAGCAGCUUUCUAGGCCUGUGCAGGAUAUUUGUUGGCUGCCUCCGUCGGGGAAUGCGAAUCUUCGUGUGCACCGAAGAACGCGGGGGGCCCCCCCCGUCUGGUGACGUCGAGGGCCCCCUCGGCUCGGGGGAGCUGCUUCUCACGCGGCAGGCGUACGUUGUCGACAACAUCUUCCUGCUCUUUGGACCAGAUCUCAAGCCAGUGAAAGAGGCCUCCGCCGGCUCCGUGGUGGCUGUUUCUCUGCUGCCAGCAGACGCAAGUGCCGACGCGACGCAGGGGGCCCCCCGCGAGAUGCUAAGGGACGUAGCCGCUUGGCUGCAAGGACUGCGCAGCCGGGGGGCCCCCCACCAUCGGCAAGUCGAGGCGCAGGAGAAGUACACCGAGGAAUUCGAAAGGUACCGUAGGGGGCCCAUGGGAGUCGAGGGAGCGCUUCGAUGCUCGACCCUCAGCAAUCACCCCGCCUGUCCUCCCUUGGUAUCUCCCUAUUCAAAGGCGUCUUCGGCUAUCGUGCGCGUGGCAGUUGAGGCGCAACGUCUCGAAGAUUCUGAGAAGUUCAUUCAGGGUAUUUCCCGCCUCUUCCUUGCAGACCCUUCUCUCGAACUGUCUGUGCUGGAUAAUGGGGAACUCCUCCUCGGCUGCUGCGGCGAAGUACACCUCGAAACCUCCCUGAGUGACCUCGAAGCCCUUUACGCCAGAGUUCCCAUUCGCGUAUCGGCCCCCAUGACGGCGAUAAGGGAAACCCUUGCAUUCGCUUCUGAAGUCGAAGCUGCGCAGACAGCUUCUGGGAUCGCUGCCCACACAUUUUCCCGCCGCGUGGCCUUCCCUCCAUGGAUCCCACCCCCCAAGGGAGGAGUUUCUGAAGAGGAAACAACGAGGUUGGAGGGGUUUCUGGCACACACAUCGGCAGCGCCAGGAGAUGCGCCGCUGGAAGCCUCGUUGUCUGCGUGGAUUCGAAAGCAUCGCAAUUACAACUCUUCGGUAUUUUGGGGAGGGGGAUCUGAGUGCCCUCUAGUAAUCGUCCUUAGGGCUGAAAAGAUGCCAGAUGCAGUGACGGACUGGCUCACUGCCAACUCGCGAGACUUGCUGGCGACCCUCAAAAGCAGGACCCCUGCAACGCGCUUGUUUCUGCACCCUCAGCAGCGGGAGUCUGGGGAGGGGUCGGAGACUUCAGGAGGCGCUUGUGGGCUGCCUCCCAGCGCCAGCCAAGACUUGCUGCACGCCUGCCUCAGAGACGUUGAGGCGAGCUUCAGCAACACCUGGAGACACGCCGAAAAAAGCCCUCAAAAUCCCCCCACACAACUCCCCAAGGCGAAAGCAGCAGAGGAGACUUUUCAAGGGCCCCCAGGGCCCCUUUGGAGCCUCGCGCUCAGCGGUGGGGCCUGCUGCGCUCUCCUGGCGUCGAGCAGUCUUUCCGUCUUAUUUCCUGAGGGGUGUUGCACUGGCAAGGAGCCGCCAGCGUCCGCAAGCGCCUUCAGAGGAACGGAGGGAGAAGAGGCUCCGAUCGGAUGGGCGUUCGAAGAUGCCUCUGAAAUUUCGACGCUCGCAGCCAACGGCGUUUCAGGUACUUUGGGAGGGCAGGAAAGCGGCUUGUCACCUUUUGCGGCGGCGGGGGGCACGCGGUGUACAGACAGCCUGUGUGGGUGUGGGUGCUCCGUCUUGAAUGCUCUGCGAUUUCUCGGCUCGGCGUUUCUUCACGACAGUUGCUGCGCGCUUGGCGGCUUGGCGCUGCCUCCCCACGGGAGCCUGCCAGCAGGGCAGAUGUACCGCUCGUGGCUACUUGCGCUGCCUGAUGUGUUUGCUCCAGGGGGGCUUUCUUCGCCCUUAAGCCGCCUGCUGCCAGCUCUCCUUGCUGGGUUCCAGCGGGCAUCUGUUGCGGGGCCCCUCGCCGAGGAGCCACUCAGGGGGGUCGCCUUCAUCGUUGAGGCCCUUGCCAUCGGGGACGGCCUGCUAGGGGCCCCUCGCAGGGGUUCCUACUGGCGUUUUCGCUCUCAUCGAGAGGGGCCUCGUUUUCUUAGAGAUUACGUCAUUUCGUCCAUGAAGGAGGCGUGUAGAGCCGCCAUGCUGCAGCGGGGACUAUGCAGGAUCUACGAGGCAAUGCUUAGAUUCACACUCAGCUGCGAUCAGAAGGUUAUUGGCAAGGCCUAUGCGGUGCUGGCGAAGAGGAGAGGGCGUAUCUGUAGGGAGGAGGUUCCCGAAGGUCAAACCUCCCUCUUCCUCGUCUCUGGUUUUUUGCCAACCGCUGAAGCCCACGGCAUCAGUAGAGAACUCAGGUCCAAGGCGUCGGGGCAUGCAGCGCUGCAGCUGCAGUUCUCUCACUGGGAAGUCCUUCAGGAAGACCCCUUCCCAGAAGCCUGCAUGACGGAGCAAGAACUAGAGGACGAAGGCGAGGCGGCAUUCGCUUCUCUGACAUCGCAAAUUCCCGCGAGAGCCAUCAUCAACUCGAUCAGAAAGAGCAAAGGCCUCCCCACAGAGGAAAAAGUGGUGGCCGAUGCAGAGAAGCAGCGAACCCUGUCCCGCAACAAAUAG